UAUAACCCCUCCAUUGCAGUCAAUUGUUCGGUCGACCAUAUUAUUGGAGACUGCUCAGAUACUAGUACCCAUCUUUUUCUCUGAGAGCUUGAAACAAUUCCCAUUCUCAUACGACAUCGUACGAUCCUCAUCCGCCACAACCCCGCAAAACCCCCGCCAUGUCUUCCAAGUCGCAAUUGACCUACGGUGCUCGUGCGAGCAAACACACCAACCCUCUGGCCAAGCGCCUCUUUGAGAUCGCCGAGGCCAAGAAGACCAAUGUGACCGUCUCUGCUGACGUGACUACCACCAAGGAGCUCCUGGAUCUAGCUGACCGUCUGGGCCCCUACAUUGCCGUGAUCAAGACCCACAUCGACAUUCUUUCGGACUUCAGCAACGAGACCAUUGAGGGCCUCAAGGCGCUGUCCGAGAAGCACAACUUCCUCAUCUUCGAGGACCGCAAGUUCAUCGACAUCGGCAACACCGUCCAGAAGCAGUACCACAAGGGCACCCUUCGGAUUUCGGAGUGGGCCCACAUCAUCAACUGCAGCAUUCUGCCUGGCGAGGGCAUCGUUGAGGCCCUGGCCCAGACCGCCGCGGCCGAGGACUUCGAGUACGGCCCCGAGCGCGGCCUGUUGAUCUUGGCGGAGAUGACCUCCAAGGGCUCCCUAGCGACGGGUCAGUACACCACCUCGUCGGUGGAUUACGCCCGCAAGUACCAGAAGUUUGUGAUGGGAUUCGUGUCGACGCGAGCGCUGGGUGAGGUGGCCUCGGAGGUCAGCUCCCCGUCGGAGGAGGAGGACUUUGUCGUUUUCACGACAGGCGUGAACAUCUCUUCCAAGGGCGAUAAGCUCGGCCAGCAGUACCAGACCCCCGCGUCGGCUAUUGGUCGCGGAGCCGACUUCAUUAUCGCCGGUCGCGGCAUCUAUGCUGCGGCGGACCCGGUGCAGGCGGCCCAGCAGUACCAGAAGGAGGGAUGGGAGGCGUACCAGGCCCGUGUUGGAGGGAACUAGAUGGAUUGGUUGUUUUAGACGAUGUACAGAAUUUGCAGCAUAAUGCCAUGUUACGACUAAAAAUUUGGUGUAAGCACCUAAGCUCGGGUGUUGGCGAGGGGUAUCGAUCCUGCAGGGAAGAUAAGAUCCUUUGAAGUUAGCCAUCUUGCCAUCCUUGAUAAGCAGGGAGAUGAUAACCUGAUGUGGACUGGGGGAGAUAAGGGUUGUAUGUCAGUCGAGUCGACGGUGUAUGACAUGAUGGAAGCGUC